AUGUUCGUCCAAGUUGAGGACGACCCCAUCUCAUCCUCCAGUCAUGUUCGUCCAAGCUGUGGACGACCCCAUCUCAUCCUCCAGUCAUGCUUGUCCAAGCUGUGGACGACCCCAUCUCAUCCUCCAGUCAUGCUCGUCCAAGCUGUGGACGACCCCAUCUCAUCCUCCAGGCAUGCUCGUCCAAGCUGUGGACGACCCCAUCUCAUCCUCCAGUCAUGCUCGUCCAAGCUGUGGACGACCCCAUCUCAUCCUCCAGUCAUGCUCGUCCAAGCUGUGGACGACCCCAUCUCAUCCUCCAGUCAUGCUCGUUCAAGCUGUGGACGACCCCAUCUCAUCCUCCAGUCAUGCUCGUCCAAGCUGUGGACGACCCCAUCUCAUCCUCCAGUCAUGCUCGUCCAAGCUAAGGACGACCCCAUCUCAUCCUCCAGUCAUGCUCGUCCAAGCUGUGGACGACCCCAUCUCAUCCUCCAGUCAUGUUCGUCCAAGCUGUGGACGACCCCAUCUCAUCCUCCAGUCAUGUUCGUCCGAGUUGAGGACGACCCCAUCUCAUCCUCCAGUCAUGCUCGUCCAAGCUGUGGACGACCCCAUCUCAUCCUCCAGUCAUGUUCGUCCAAGCUGUGGACGACCCCAUCUCAUCCUCCAGUCAUGUUCGUCCAAGCUGUGGACGACCCCAUCUCAUCCUCCAGUCAUGCUCGUUCAAGCUGUGGACGACCCCAUCUCAUCCUCCAGUCAUGCUCGUCCGAGUUGAGGACGACCCCAUCUCAUCCUCCAGUCAUGCUCGUCCGAGUUGAGGACGACCCCAUCUCAUCCUCCAGUCAUGUUCGUCCAAGCUGUGGACGACCCCAUCUCAUCCUCCAGUCAUGCUCGUCCAAGCUGUGGACGACCCCAUCUCAUCCUCCAGUCAUGCUCGUCCAAGCUGUGGACGACCCCAUCUCAUCCUCCAGUCAUGUUCGUCCAAGCUGUGGACGACCCCAUCUCAUCCUCCAGUCAUGCUCGUCCGAGUUGAGGACGACCCCAUCUCAUCCUCCAGUCAUGCUCGUCCAAGCUGUGGACGACCCCAUCUCAUCCUCCAGUCAUGUUCGUCCGAGUUGA